AUGAAUCGACUCUAUCAAUUUGAGUUUACUGAAAAAGGGAGUGGAGAGGUGGAGGGUGUUGAGAUCGUACCAUCCCAACUGCCGAUUGCCGGUGAGGAGAAUGCGUGUUGCUUUGCUGUCAUUCACCGAGAACAUAAGAAAUAUGCAUGUCGCUCUGCUCUGCUUUGCUGCUCUCCUCCUGCCCUGCCACCGCCGCCACCACCACCACCACCACCACCACCACCACCACCGCCGCCGCCGCCGCCACCACCACCACCACCACCACCACCACCACCACCACCACCACCACCACCACCACCACCACCACCACCACCACCACCACCACCACCACCACCACCACCACCACCACCACCACCACCACCACCACCACCACCACCACCACCACCACCACCACCACCACCACCACCACCACCACCACCACCACCACCACCACCACCACCACCACCUCCUUCUCACAAUCACUCUCCAACACCUCACCCACAUCACAACUCUCUCCCUCUCCCUCUCGUUACAAUCACAUCAGGCCAGCGUGCCAUCCGCAAGGCCAUCUCAGCGCUGCUCGACGCGUGCCAGCUGGCGUCGCCGCCCGUCCUCGCGUGCGUGCUCGCUGACGUGGCGGCGGUGGCAGCUUCUCUGAAUCUUCCUUUUCUCAAGUCUCAAGCCCUUCAAGAUAUGGGAUCUCUGGAGAGUGCUUCGUCCCCUCUACAAGCCCACACAGCGGCUCUCUCAAUCCGCCUCUUCGAUCCGCUCGCCCUCAAGGCCGCCAAGGCCCUCGCCUUCGCCCGCAUCGCCGCUGCCGCGCUCUGCUCCUCCGCGCUCGACGCAGCCACAUCAGCGCCUGCCACGUCAGCAUCAGCCACGUCAGCAUCCGCCACGUCAGCAUCCGCCACGUCAGCAUCCGCCACGUCAGCGUCCGCCACGUCAGACGCGGCUGCGGCGAGCCAAUCAGGAGAUCCCGCUGCUGCUGACGCGUUCCUGUCUGCCAGCCGCCUGCAGCAUCAGCUGCUGCACGAGUCCAUGGCAGCCCUCUCCCUCUUCUACUACCUCCCCCCCUCCUCCCUCGACGCACUCCUCGCCCUCCGCACCCUCCGCUGCUUCCUCACUGCCACACCCCUCCCCCUCCUCUCCUCUCCCCUCCUCUCCUCCCCACUCCUCUCCUCACCACUCCUCACCUCCUCCCCCCUUCUCUCCGUCCCUUCCUCCGUGCCUCUUACCCACCCGUCCCACUCGCAUUCCUCUCACUCUGCUUCCACCUCCACACUGCACCCCCACUCGUUGACCAUCAACGUUGCAUCACCAGAGCACGAGGCCAAACCAGGCCUACUAACCAGGCAGCACUCACUCCUAGCACCAGGCCUCUCCACUCCCGCCCUUCCCCCAUCCAUCCUCUCAUCUGUGCAAGCCUACCUGCUCAGCACCCUCACAGCCAUGCCAGACCACAUUCCAAACCUCCUCUUCUUCCUCUCGUGCCUCGCGCACUGCCCCCACCACCACGCCCUCUCCCGCGCUCUCCACCGCACUCUAUUCUCCCAGCUCAUCCCCCUCCUCAGCCAACUCUCCCCCACCCUCCCUCCUGCUGCAUCUACAGACACAAGCGAUCAACCUCCUUCUCUCUCUGACAAUGCUGACUUUCCCUAUAUGGAUCCAUAUAGCCUUUCCCCUCUUUCUUCUACUCUUUCUCCUUCUCCUCUUCUUCCUCCUCCUCCGCCUCCAAUCCCCCCCCUCCCUGCUCCCUUCACCUCCACCGCACGAUCUGCCAGGUCAGCAGGCUAUCUGACGGCUCAGCCGCUCCUGGUGCCUCUCUCCCUCUGCUUUGUACCCUGUUACCUCCCCCUCCUGUACUCGCUCUCGGCCAAUCCCGACGUGCCACCUGGCCCAAUCGUGGAUCUCCUGUUGGCGUUUCUGCAGAACGAGCGGGAGAGGAAGAUGAGGGGAGGCGCAGGGGGAAGGAAUGGAGGAGGGAUGAGGGGAGGGAAAGGGGGAAAAGGAGAGGCAAGAGAGAGGGAGGAGGAAAGGAGGAGGGAGGGUGGUGCUGGUAAGACGGCAAAAGUGUCUGGUAUGGGUAUGGGUAUGAGUGGUGGUGCUGCUGCCAUUGCACGUGUGGAGGGGGCAUCAUGGGAAGACACGGCUCAAGUGCUCUCCAUAUGCCGCACUGUCCUCAUAAGCCAUGCCCUGUCCGUGGCGUUUGACCCGUUGACCCGCCUCUUCUCGUUUGUCACUCUCCACCACCCAGACAUCACGCUGAGGGACAGAGCUAGGUUUUUCCUCCGCCUCAUCACAUCAGCACCAGGCCACAUCAUUCGUCAUCUCCUCCUCUCCUCCUCCUCGCCAUCCCUCCCUCCUGCCCCUGGCCGGGCCCCUAUCACUGCACCUGCUCCUGCUGCUGCCGCACCGUUCCCUCCCCCCCUCUUUCACACUCCCGCGGGGGAUAUGCCUGCUGCUUCUGGCGGUGCCUUGGGUGAUGGUUCUGGUCCUGCUGCUGCUGCCACGUCAGCCAUUGAUAUGAUCAUGGGAGCUGUGGUGGGCGUGUUUGCUGUUGAGCUGAGUUUCCGAGCCUCGGUGUUUACCGGACCUAUUGAGCCGUGCCUGAUUCCGUGCCUGAUGAUGGCUCGGGAUGAGGGGGUGACAGGGGAGGAGGGGGAAGAGGAGGUGUGGGAAGAUGAGGAGGAGUGGGAUGAAGAGGAGGGAGAGGAGUAUUGUCUGGAAGGAGUGCUGGGAGAGGAUGAGGAGGAGGAGAGUGUGGAGGGAGGUGGCAAUACGAAGGGCAGCAUGUGCCUUGUUGUUUUCAAACAAGACGAGAAGACGGCGCCAGCAGAUGAGCCAGAGACAGCGGAACAGGAGGAGGAGCAGGAGGAGGAGGAGGAGGAGGAGGAAUCUUUCAACGCGGAUUUCACUAGGACCAACCCCUCCUCGUCCUCCCACCACCUACUAGCAGUCACGGACCAAACGCCCUUUGACAUUGAAUUCUCGCCCCAUUGGCCCGCGCCGAUCCUCGUGGCGGUAACCGUAACGUUCACGAGCCAAGAUGGUCGCACGCUCGCAGGCGAGCUGGCGAGCAUUCCGGUCGGCAUAGAGGAUUUUUUCAUGCCUGCUCCCUGGCCGUUUGCCAGGCGCGGGGGUGGGCGAGGGGUGUGGAAGGGGUCGAGGCGGGGUGAGAUGGAGGGGCGAAGCAGGGGUGAGGUUGGUGGUGGUGGUGAGGGCGAGAGGGAGGGUGGGGACCUGGGGUUGUUUGAUGCUUUGUGGGAGCUUCUGGGAGGGGAAUUGAGGGGUCUUGCUGGCAGCAGGGGUGGUGCAAAGCAGGAGGUUGCUGGUGAAGGGGGGUUGGAUGGAGCGAAGGAAGCGAUGCGGAGUAGAGGUUUAGUGGGUGGAAGUGGUUCAGGGAACGAGGAAUUAGGGGCGUUUGAUAAGAAGGGAUUGCCUGCAGCCCGGCCUGAGUCAGUCCGCACUGUAGCUGUAACACCAGAGGCGGUGAUUGGAGCAGCGGAGCAGCACUUGGGUCGAUUUGUGGUUGGUGUUGAGGGGACGGGGAUACGGCAAUGGUUACAAGAAAGGGUGAAGCAGAUGGUUGUUGGUGGCGGCGAAUGUCUUCCCUGUGACAACGGGUCUAUCAGCAGGAAACGCACUGUGAAGAUGUGGGAGCGUGUGCUUGGGACAAGACCCUCAAGACCUGGGGCGGGUGGAGUGGGAGAUAGUGGUGGCGGUGCUGCAGCAAAGAUGGUGGGGGUAGGUGGUGCGUCAGGCCUGCUGUUGCUGACAGGUGGUAUCGUGGAAGUAGCCUCGGUUCAGCAAGCUGCUGAGGUUGACCCUGAAGCUCGGACCUUGGGUUGCGUGCAAGUCCUUAUUUUCAUUCCGCCGCGGUUCCAUGUGGUCAUGCGCCUUGAGGUUAAGGUUAUAUUAAGGUCGUAA